AUGGACUCAACGCUUCCGACGGACACGGACCCAAUGACCGAAGAAGUCCUGGCCAAAAAAAUUAUCCGAAGGCAGCAAUUAACGGCAAGCUCAAACACUAGAAGAUUUUUACUCCUUGAAGCGGCUGCAUUAAUUCUGGACGACAACAACGGCAUCGACGAUCUCAUUCCUUCCCAUGGCGGAUCCAAACCAGGCAAGAAACCAAACAAACCACGCAACUUUGAAGCCAGCUAUCAAAGGCUCCUUGAGCACUACUUUUCGGACUCGCCACUCUACGACGCAACACUAUUCAGACGCCGCUUUCGGAUGUCCAAACCGAUUUUCUUGAAGAUAACGGAAGAAGUCAAGAAUUACGACAGUUACUUUACUCAGAAACCGGAUGCCUUAGGAAAAAUGGGUCUACAUCCCCUAGUUAAGGUCACAGCGGCCCUGCGCAUGCUUGCAUAUGGGGCUGCUGGUGAUUGCAACGAUGAAUACUUGCAACUUUCGGAAACAACAUCGCUCCAAUGUAUGGACCGAUUUUGUAAUGCCAUCGUGGACAUCUAUGGUUCUCAAUAUCUCCGUGCGCCAACUGCCGAGGACUUGGAACAACUGCUUACGAUUGGAGCUUGA